AUGUGGUGAUCAUAGACACGAAAUGGAGAGUAUGCGGAAAGCGAAUGAAUAAACAACCACGGCUUCCAUAGAGAGUACACAGCUGGCGAAGUCUUAGCGGUUUGUUUCACUCGUCCAUCAUGGCGUGGACAAAAUAUCAGCUGUUCCUGGCUGGGCUGAUGCUGACAACUGGCUCCAUCAACACUUUAUCCGCAAAAUGGGCUGAUAUGUUCUCAGCAAAGGGUUGCCAUGGUGAUGCUGAACACUCCUUCUCCCAUCCAUUUGUACAGGCAGUGGGAAUGUUUCUCGGCGAGUUCAGCUGUCUUGCAGUUUUCUACAUCUUGCUUUGCCAUGACAGGCGGAGCCCAGAACCAAGAAUGAACCCAGGGCAAAGUUUCAACCCUCUGCUUUUCUUCCCUCCUGCAAUGUGUGACAUGACAGCUACCUCUAUCAUGUAUGUUGCUCUCAACAUGACGAGCGCCUCCAGCUUCCAGAUGCUUCGCGGCGCCGUCAUCAUCUUCACCGGUCUCCUGUCUGUGGCCUUUUUGGGUCGUCGGCUCCAACCCAGUCAGUGGCUUGGAAUCUUCAUCACCAUCCUCGGCCUGGUGGUUGUGGGACUCGCCGAUCUCGUCAGUGGUCACAAAGAUGACUCCCAUAAGCUCAGUGAUGUCAUCACCGGUGAUCUCCUGAUCAUUAUGGCUCAGAUCAUCGUUUCGGUUCAGAUGGUGCUGGAGGAGAAGUUUGUCUACAAGCAUGACGUGCAUCCACUUAGAGCUGUUGGAACUGAAGGUUUGUUUGGUUUUGUUGUGCUGUCCCUGCUGCUCAUCCCAAUGUACUUCAUCUAUGUUGGGAACUUCAGUAACAAUCCUCGGCAGGUCCUGGAGGACGCGCUGGAUGCCUUCUGUCAGAUUGGACACAAGCCCCUGAUCCUCUUGGCUCUUCUGGGCAAUACGGUCAGUAUCGCCUUCUUCAACUUCGCCGGCAUCAGCGUCACCAAAGAGAUCAGCGCAACCACCCGGAUGGUGCUGGACAGCCUGCGUACUCUGGUCAUCUGGGUGGUCAGCCUGGCUUUGGGUUGGGAGCAGUUUCACGGCUUGCAGGUUCUUGGAUUUUUGGUCCUCCUGACAGGAACGGCGCUCUACAAUGGACUGCAUCGCCCCCUGUUGGCCAAGAUACCUUGGUGCGCCGCCAGAAUGAACCUAGAGGAGGAUAGUAGUGAGGCGGAGAGAGAGAGACUGCUGAAUGAUGGAAGGGUGCAGGCUGGUGAAGACACAUAAAACAUUGCUGAAACACUUUGUAUAAACAAUACCACAGAAAUGGAAGCUUUUAUAAUUGCUGUCAGACAUUUUUAAACAUUUUCUUUUCGUGCCUCAGGUUUUACCUUUUCUCAUAAAACGUUCUAGUAUGAAAUACAUUUUUUAAGUAAUCGUUCAACAUUUCAAGAAAAAACCCUAAUGUCCUUUAUUUGUAGAGUCAAAAUAAGUCUGGAAACCCUGAAAAAUCAGUAUCAGAACUUUUUUUAUCAAGGAAAAAAAUCCCUCUUGAGGAAUAUUACCAAAGUCAGAGCUGUUAAUUCUGCCAACAGCACUUACUGAGUCUUCUAUAGCAUUUUAUGUGGUUUUGGCUGGUUUAUCACAGGAUUUAGGUCUGGGAUGGCAAUAAAAGGGGGUUAAUUUUCUGUUUUUGUGUUCAACUUGUUUAUUAAAAAACGGUUCUGAUUUUAAUGGCUUCUGAUUCUCAGGGCAUUUGGGGGGAAAAAACGAUUAGACGAGCAAAGUACUUUUCCACAUACAACAACAUGGCUUGGUUGAUAUAAAAACGUGGUGACUCAAUAAUCCAUCAUCAGUAUCAUCCAGUUUUAUUUCAUGUCAGAUUUAGGCCCCAGAAAAUGACCAAAGUCAUUUAAAUCUUGAAUUUAGAAGGUGAAAGAACAGAUCUGUAUUAUUUGGCAAGGCAUGCUGUUUCUUUUUUGUGUUAGUUUUCAUUUAGGAUUGGAAGAAAGCUCAUCGGUUUGUGCAAGUACCUGUUCUCCAGCCUUGAAAUUGAUACAAAUGUGUUUUUUAAAAAUGCAAAUUGUUUGUCUCCCAAAAUUUCUUAGAAAUAGAGGAGAGCAUGAACAAUUCUCAUAUCACAAUGCUGUUUUAAAGGGAUUGUUUCUGUGUAAGAGAUUUUAGUUUUUUUAGGGAUUAAAAAAACUUUCUAUGUUCCGUUUUUUUUUUUUUUUUUUUU